UGGGGGGGGGUGGGGAGGGGCGCGCGGAUCAUGGCAUUGGAGUUCCCGGGCUUGCAGCCGCCGCCGCCGCCUGGUCCACGCAUCCCGAGCGCCCCUUCUUCCCGGAGCAGCAGCGGAGAAGGCGAAGCGGCCGGCGGGGGCGAGGCAGAUGGGGCUCAAGGCGCGCAGGGCGGCGGGGGCGGCUGGCGGCGGCGGCGACGGGGGCGGCGGAGGCGGCGGGGCCGCUAACCCGGCCGGAGGGGACGCGGCGGCUGCCGGCGACGAGGAGCGGAAAGUGGGGCUGGCGCCCGGCGAUGUGGAGCAAGUCACCUUGGCGCUCGGGGCCGGAGCUGACAAAGAUGGGACCCUGCUGCUGGAGGGCGGUGGCCGCGACGAGGGGCUGCGGAGGACCCCGCAGGGCAUCGGACUCCUGGCCAAGACCCCCCUGAGCCGCCCCGUCAAGAGGAACAACGCCAAGUACCGGCGCAUCCAAACUUUGAUCUACGACGCCCUCGAGAGACCGCGGGGCUGGGCGCUGCUCUACCACGCGCUCGUGUUCCUGAUUGUCCUGGGAUGUUUGAUUCUGGCUGUCCUGACCACAUUCAAGGAGUACGAGACUGUUUCGGGAGACUGGCUUCUGCUGCUGGAAACAUUUGCUAUUUUCAUCUUUGGAGCCGAGUUUGCUUUGAGGAUCUGGGCUGCCGGAUGUUGCUGCCGAUACAAAGGCUGGCGGGGACGGCUGAAGUUUGCCAGGAAGCCCCUGUGCAUGCUGGACAUCUUCGUGCUGAUUGCUUCUGUGCCAGUGGUUGCCGUGGGAAACCAGGGCAAUGUCCUGGCCACCUCCCUGCGAAGCCUGCGCUUCCUGCAGAUCCUGCGCAUGCUGCGGAUGGACCGGAGGGGCGGCACUUGGAAGCUCCUGGGCUCAGCCAUCUGUGCCCACAGCAAAGAGCUCAUCACCGCCUGGUACAUCGGGUUCCUGACGCUCAUCCUUUCUUCAUUUCUUGUCUACCUGGUUGAGAAAGAUGUGCCGGAUGCACAAGGAGGAGAGAUGAGAGAGGAGUUUGAGACCUACGCAGAUGCCCUCUGGUGGGGCCUGAUCACACUGGCCACCAUUGGCUAUGGAGACAAGACACCCAAAACGUGGGAAGGCCGUCUGAUUGCAGCCACCUUUUCCUUAAUUGGCGUCUCCUUUUUCGCCCUUCCAGCAGGCAUCCUGGGCUCCGGGCUGGCACUCAAGGUGCAGGAGCAGCACCGUCAGAAGCACUUCGAGAAAAGAAGGAAGCCGGCUGCUGAGCUCAUUCAGGCUGCCUGGAGGUAUUACGCUACCAACCCCAACAGGAUUGACCUUGUGGCGACAUGGAGGUUCUACGAAUCAGUCGUCUCUUUUCCAUUCUUCAGGAAAGAACAGCUGGAGGCAGGAGCCAGCCAAAAGCUGGGUCUCUUGGAUCGGGUUCGCCUUUCUAAUCCUCGUGGUAGCAAUACUAAAGGCAAGCUAUUUACCCCUCUGAAUGUAGAUGCCAUAGAAGAAAGUCCUUCUAAAGAACCAAAGCCUGUUGGCUUAAACAAUAAAGAUCGUUUCCGCACCGCCUUCCGCAUGAAAGCCUACGCUUUCUGGCAGAGUUCUGAAGAUGCCGGGACGGGUGAUCCCAUGGCGGAAGACAGGGGCUACGGAAAUGACUUCCUCAUCGAAGACAUGAUCCCCACCCUGAAGGCCGCCAUCCGGGCUGUCAGAAUUCUACAAUUCCGUCUCUAUAAAAAAAAAUUCAAGGAGACUUUGAGGCCUUACGACGUGAAGGAUGUGAUUGAGCAGUAUUCCGCAGGACAUCUCGACAUGCUUUCCAGGAUAAAGUACCUUCAGACAAGAAUAGACAUGAUUUUCACCCCUGGACCUCCAACUACUCCAAAACAUAAGAAGUCUCAGAAAGGGGCAGCGUUCACCUACCCAUCCCAGCAAUCUCCCAGGAAUGAACCAUAUGUAGCCAGAGCAUCCACAUCAGAAAUUGAAGACCAAAGCAUGAUGGGGAAAUUUGUGAAAGUCGAAAGACAGGUUCAUGACAUGGGGAAGAAACUGGACUUCCUCGUGGAUAUGCACAUGCAGCACAUGGAGCGCCUCCAGGUGCACGUCACAGAGUACUACCCCACCAAGGGGACCUCCUCGCCCGUCGAGGUGGAAAAGAAAGACGACAACAGGGAUUCCGAUUUGAAAACCAUCAUCUACAACUAUUCCGAGACAGGCCCCCCCGAGCCGCCCUAUAGCUUCCACCAGGUGCCCAUAGACAAAGUCGGCCCCUAUGGAUUUUUUGUCCACGACUCAGUGAACCCGCCCCAAGGAGGACCCAGUUCUGGAAAGCUUCAAGCGACCCUUUCCUCCUCGGCGACAGCGUAUUUAGAAAGGCCCACCGUCCUGCCUAUCUUGACUCUUCUCGACUCCCGAGCGAGCUACCACUCCCAGGCUGAACUGCACGGCCCCUGCUCGGACCGGGUCUCCCCCCAGCAGAGACGCAGCAUCACUCGGGACAGCGACACCCCUCUAUCCCUGAUGUCAGUCAACCACGAGGAGCUGGAACAGUCUCCCAGUGGCUUCAGCAUCUCCCAGGACAGAGAUGAUUAUGUGUUUGGCCCAAGCGGGGGGUCGAGCUGGAUGAGGGAGAAACGUUACCUCGCCGAGGGUGAGACAGACACGGACACAGACCCCUUCACACCCAGUGGCUCCAUGCCUCUGUCGUCCACAGGGGACGGGAUUUCUGAUUCUGUAUGGACCCCUCCCAACAAGCCAGUUUAAAAGGGGUCGUGGGCUGACUCCUCCUUGUAAUGUAGACAGACGUUGUAUAGCUCACUUACUCUCACAUCCAACUCUUACCAGUGAGACCACCAAUGGCUGCAUCAAACGCAUGCAUGGGCGUGGUGGCCCCACCAGGGCACAGGCUUGUCAUGGCCUUUUUCCUCCUCGUGUCACCACAAUGAAGCCGCUUCCUUUUAAGCAUGGUUUGCAUGACUUUACACUAUAUAAAUGGUACACUAAUCUCUUCUAGGAUA